AGAAAACCACGCCGAUUAUCGAGGCUUCGUGAGGCGUGGCAAAGGAAACAAAAUCACACGCUCGAUGGGCAGUUCUUGCUUCUCAUCUUCUUUUCUCUAGGCCAUCAAUCGGUUCCAUUUGUCGCCGCGAGGUGAUCGAUUGCAAUUCCAUAUUCAGUUUCUUAAUUCCUGGAAGCAACAAAAAUUGGCUAUGGAUGACGCAAAAGCAAUUUGGGAAGAGAUCGAGCGCUCUGAGAGCUAUCUUGUAUGCUCCAUGUAUGAGGAAGCAUUAUCGCUAGCUUAUUCAAUUUUGACGCGUAUUUCUCAAGAUAAAAGUAGCUGGGAAAAUGGUGAUAUGUUGGAAGCCGCUGGUAUGGUUUUAGUUCAAUCUUUGAAGGAACUUGGAAGGACAUCGCGUAUAGUGGAUGAGCUCAAAUUAUCAUUUGCCUCUGUUGCAGCCAUCCCUGUUAAUGUUCUUUUAACUGGUGCAUGUCUUCAGAUCUCGGAAGGUUUUUCUGAUAUGCGAUACUUUCUGGAAGAGUUCCUUAGCAAGUGGAGAUUAUUGAAUGGAGAAAUAUAUGUUCUUGUGGGCUCAAGAAAUAUUGAUGGCAUAGAACAUUGUGAUGAGCAUGCUCAGUUGACUGUUGAUGAAUAUCUCCAAGUUGUUGAAGUCUACCUCCGAACGGUCAUAGAGAUAGGUUUGAAUGAUGUGGAUCUUGCUGUCUCUUGGGUUGAGAACGCUGCUUUACCUGAGGAAAAGCGUCAGGUACUUUUGAGGAGGCUAGACUACUUGCACUCUCUUAAAGCUGCUAGCUCAUCAAAAUCAUCCCCUUCAUCUUUACUUAAAGACGAUCAAAAACAACAUUUGUCUUCUUCAGAAGAACUUCAUGCAUCAAAAGCGGCCUUAGACCCUGGAUACCAUCAAGACAGAGGGAAUGCUAACAGAGAAACGGUUCUAAGACUACGUAAGCUUACAAAACCACGUUUUUGGCCAUUCCGGUCUAUCACUUUGAAGUUUGGAAGUACUCGGCUCGUCAUAUCCAACAAGAGGAUUGUGCUUACCUGUUUGUCAGUGGUAAUUUAUUAUCUAUUGCGAAGGAAACUAACCACUAUGAAGAGGAUCGCUCAAAAACAAGCUUCAUCGGUAAAGAAAGCAUUGUUGGACUUAUGGCAGCUUGCAUUUUCAUACCAAGUUAACCCUUUAGCCAUUGCUCAACCCCUUUCUGAUGCAGCUCGUGGAGCCUCUUGAUUCUUUUAAAACCAUAAUUGUAUUCUGUCAUUAGAUAUAAAGCAGCAUUUACUUCCAAGUUGGUUUUCUGGGAAUUCUCUUCCCACCAGACCUUACUUGAUGGAGGAGAAAAUAUCAAACAGUAAGCGUACCGUUGGGAAAAUAAUGUAAUGGGAUUCAUUUGUUUUUGGCAAAAAUGUCUGAUUAGUGAUUACUUUUGGAAUUAAUAAUAUAUCAACUUUCCAAAUGAUUAG